AGUUUUGGUCCUUAAAGCUUUCCAUACCGCCAUAUUCCUAUCCGUCUGAGCUGCUCCACGUUGCAGGGAGAAAAACGGUGCGGCACCUGUAAAACAAAUAAAAAUCACAUUGAGGAGGUCAGAAUAUUUCGAGUGUUUAAGGUCCAGAAAGGGGCUCUCCGCAGCCCAUUCUGAUGAGAGUCAGGCAGGAUGUCUGAAAAACCAACCCGAAUUGCCAUAGUCAACCAUGACAAGUGCAAGCCAAAGAAAUGCAGGCAAGAAUGCAAGAAGAGCUGCCCAGUGGUUCGAAUGGGCAAAUUGUGUAUAGAGGUCACUCCACAGAGCAAAAUUGUUUGGAUAUCUGAAUCACUCUGUAUAGGAUGUGGUAUCUGCAUUAAGAAAUGUCCGUUUGGGGCCUUGGCCAUUGUCAAUCUGCCAAGCAACCUGGAGAAAGAGACUACUCACAGAUACUGUGCCAACUCUUUCAAAUUGCACAGGUUACCUAUCCCCAGACCAGGAGAGGUUUUAGGACUGGUCGGCACAAAUGGUAUUGGAAAGUCUACAGCGCUUAAGAUCCUUGCAGGCAAACAGAAGCCAAACCUAGGGAAAUAUGACGCCCCCCCUGACUGGCAGGAGAUCCUGGCCUACUUCCGAGGUUCUGAGCUGCAGAACUACUUCACCAAAAUCCUGGAGGAUGACCUGAAGGCCAUUGUGAAGCCUCAGUACGUGGACCAGAUCCCCAAGACUGUCAAGGGCAGUGUGGGCUCUAUUCUGAGCAGGAAGGAUGACACUAAGACGGAGGGAGUUGUCUGCGAACAACUUGAUCUGACUCAUCUCAGGGACAGGAAUGUUGAGGAUCUGUCAGGAGGAGAGUUGCAGCGUUUUGCCUGUGCUGUGGUGUGCAUCCAGAGGGCUGACAUUUUCAUGUUUGACGAGCCCUCCAGUUACCUGGAUGUGAAGCAGAGGUUGAAAGCUGCCAUCACUAUUCGCUCCCUUAUCACACCAGACAGGUACAUUAUUGUUGUGGAGCAUGACCUCAGUGUUCUGGACUACCUGUCUGACUUCAUCUGCUGUCUGUAUGGAGUACCCAGUGCAUACGGCGUUGUUACUAUGCCUUUCAGCGUCCGAGAAGGCAUUAACAUCUUCCUGGAUGGAUAUGUGCCGACGGAGAACCUUCGGUUCCGAGAGGCCUCCCUGGUGUUUAAGGUGGCUGAAACAGCCACGGAGGAGGAGGUGAAGAAGAUGUGCCGUUACCAGUACCCCAACAUGAAGAAGGUCAUGGGGGAUUUUGAGCUGCAGAUUGUGGAGGGCGAGUUCACGGACUCUGAGAUCAUGGUCAUGCUUGGAGAGAAUGGCACGGGCAAAACCACAUUUAUCAGGAUGCUUGCUGGCCGACUAAAACCAGAUGAUGGGGGAGAGGUUCCGAUUCUCAACGUCAGCUACAAACCUCAAAAGAUCAGCCCCAAAUUCAAAGGUAGUGUGCGUGCCCUGCUCCACGAGAAGAUCAGAGAUGCGUACACACACCCGCAGUUCGUCACGGACGUCAUGAAGCCUAUGCAGAUUGAUAGCAUCAUAGAUCAGGAUGUUCAGAACUUGUCAGGAGGAGAGCUUCAGAGGGUGGCGCUGGCCCUGUGUUUGGGUAAACCAGCGGACGUCUACCUGAUAGACGAGCCCUCGGCCUACCUGGACUCAGAGCAGCGUCUGAUGGCUGCCAGAGUUAUCAAACGGUUCAUCCUCCAUGCGAAGAAAACUGCCUUUGUGGUUGAGCAUGACUUCAUCAUGGCCACAUACUUGGCUGACCGUGUUAUUGUGUUUGAUGGUGUUCCAUCGAAAAAGACAACUGCUAACACGCCACAGACGCUGCUUGCCGGUAUGAACAAGUUCCUUUCACUCCUGGAGAUUACAUUCAGGAGAGACCCCAACAACUUCAGACCACGAAUCAACAAGCUCAAUUCCAUUAAGGACGUGGAGCAGAAGAGAGGUGGCAACUACUUCUUCCUCGACGACUAGCUUCACAUCUCACAAUGCAAUCCGUCCAUCCCCCAAAGUCGUUUAGUUCAAUGAGAGUAAGAAAAAGGAGAAAUGAGUUUGCUGCUUAUGAGGUCCUUCAUAUGGACUGUGGACCUGCUGCUUUAAGCUAGCUUCUGCUUCUGUUGUUACCUGGGCUUGGCCUUCCACCAACGUCCACAGAGUCAUAAUCUAUCUCUUGGUAUUUUAAUGGAAACACUCAAUAAAUGUACUCAUCUCCUCUGCA